AAGUGAAACACUACUUACAUUUCAUAAUGGUGUAAUUUUAUUCUUUAAAAAUAUUUAGUAAUUAUAAAUGUCGUUAUGCAAAACAUUUAAAGACACAUGAAACAUAGUGAGUAUUAAAUUAACUAUCAAUGCUUGAAACAUAGAAAUCAAUUUAAAAAUGUUAAUCUUAGAGUAAAGUAAUAAAAGGAAUUAUGUUAUUUCAAAAUAACUAAAAAUGUUAUUUUAUUAAUUAAUACACUCACCAUCAAUAACAUUCAAAACCAUUUGAUUACUAUAUAUAUACAUUUAGAUAUCAUGGUAAGAGGAGAAAAAAAAUCAAAGAAUAAGUAAAAAAUUAAUCAUACAAAAUGGACACUAAGACAAUUUUUAUGACAUUUUUCAUAAUCAACACUUUAGUGUCAUGUGCGUAUCCAUGUUUGGGCCAAGAAGAUGUUGACGAUAAACCACUAGUCAAACCCGGUGAGUUUGAUACAUUGGAUGCAUUAUCGCCGGCUUCGCAGGAGUACAAUAUUUAUAUGUUAGAGAACCUCCCACCAAAAUACAAAAUGUAUCUCGGAACCUGCGCUGAUAAGAUGGGGCCCAGUGGUAUUUCGGAAUGUAAUGAAGAUGUUCUUAGAGAGAUUCUUACGAACAAACCUGUUUCAAGAGAGUGUUGUUUGAUGGUAGUAAGAGCUGGAAAAGAAUGCUACAUGGAGAUUAGAAAGUUCAUGUUUCGAUUGUAUCAACUCAAAUGCUUUGCUUCUCAAGUUUCUUUCAAAACUAAUGAGGUUUGGAACAGAUGUUCUGCUGAAGUUGAAAGUCCUUCAUCAUCUCACGACCACACGAUUUUGUUAUCUUGAUUGAAUCUUUUGUUAUAUUAUAUGAUGUAUCAUGAAAUAAUGGUUUGUUAUAUUAU